AUAGAUUAACAAAAGAAUACAGUCGAGUUAUUUGCGAUCCAUGGUCAUUCGGUUGAAAAAAAAAAUAACUAAAGGUGAUAUUCAAAUGUAAAAUGAUAUUGAGAUAGUGUAGUGGUGUAAUAUUUCUGCUAUUUGAAGGACUUACAUUUUGCAGCACUAGGUAACAAUAUUUUGCUUCUAAAGGGAAUAUUAUCAGCGUCGCCUGAAGUGGAUUCUGCUUUAACGACCAAUCAGUAUGGCAGAAACCAAAACUGAUAUUGAAUCAGCAAAGUCACUUGCCUUUGCACACAGGAAAGCCACUGCAAACGCUGACGUAUCGUACGAACAGUCACAGCAAGCGUAUAAUGUUUGGGCCGGACUAUACGAACAGACGCUGUCGUCAUUAGGUCGCACUGCCCACGUGCGAACAGCAGAGUGCGCAGCAAAUAGUUUCCCACGAGAAUCUCGUGAUGGGGUUAGAAUACUUGAUGUUGGAGCAGGCACUGGCAUGGUCGGAAAAGAGUUAAAACAGCUGGAAUUUUCUCACGUUGAUGCUCUUGAACCAAAUGAAGUUAUGCUAGACAAAGCUAGAAAACGUGGUAUUUAUGAAAACUAUUAUGUUGAGUACCUGACAGAAGAACCAUCCUCUAUUCCGGAAGAUUCGUAUGAUGCAGUAACUGGAUGCGGAAUCUUUGCAGAAUCUGCACACGUUCCUUUCGGAGCAUUAGAUGAAAUGAUUCGUGUUGUUAAGUCAGGUGGUUAUAUAAUUUUGAGUGCUCGAUCCGCUUUUGUGGGUGGGACUGAAGAGGGCAAAAAGCUGGAGACUGUUAUGGAGAAGUUGGAAAAGAACAAAAAAUGGAAGAAAGUAACCGAAGACAGAUUAUCCGACUAUACUAAGAAUAUAAAAGAGAGUGGAAUAAUUUGGAAAUUCCAAGUAAUGUAACACACAGUAAUCAAACAAAGAAAGCAGCAAAAUUGGUUGCAUAUAGACGUAUUUUUUGUGUGUGUGGGACGGAGGUUACGUACGUUAUUUAUCUUUUCUGACAGCCUUUUGUUACCUGCGGCCGCAGGUAUAUUGGAAUGCAACGAGUUGUGUAGCACAUGGGGGCUGGGUAAUUUCACGUGACUUUUUACCGAUAUGCGAUUGGCUUAUCGCAUUUAUGGAACGCCGUUUUUGCAAUAUAGCUGGCACUAUAUAUGAUAUAUAGAGAAAUGUUUGUGACCUGAAUUCCUCAUUCAUUAUUUCAUAUACUUUAUUCAAACUUUCAGCAAUGAUCAGUAUUGAUACCUAGUUGUACAUAAGGGAUUUUUUUGCAUUGCUCUUUAAUUUCUUGGAUUAUGGUCCUGUGUUGUCUUCAAUGCUCUAUAUGUCAAAGAAGUCCGGAUGAAAGCAUGAAUCACAUUUGUGAUAGCUCUAGUAAAGUGUUUCAAUAGUCAUGGGCCAGUUAAGAUAAAAGUUAUGUUAUACAUGAAAGAGGAAUAUAGUUAUUUUGCUCAAAACAAAAACUUUCAGAAUUAAGAAACACAUAUUUCAUAGAUCUACUUGCCACAUUAAAGCGUAAUGGUAUAAUAAAAAAGGCACCUUAUUCACCAAUAAGUUACUUUUUAGGCCGAGUUGUCACUCAAACAUGCAAAAAAAAUUCUGGUCUGUAUAACUUCUGGCCGCAGGAGUUCUUUCGGCUUGUCUGUCAUCUAGGACAAGGAUUAAAACAUUUCGUAUUGAUAUUAAUAUUUGGACUCGAUAUCCUAAGCAAUAUAACUAAACUACUUAUAUUAGGAUAAAGUAAUUAUUUUAUUAAAAUGAUUUUUCAACACAUGCUGUUGGGAUACAAUUUUUAUAAUAAAACAAAAGUAUACUUCUAAAUUCUACAGAAUGGUCAAUAAAUGAAGGUUACAACA